CUGCCCUUUCGCGUGUAGCAGUGUUCCUAGAUAUUUCGUGAAAUAUUUUGUGCAUAACAUUUUUGUUCUUUGCAAAAACUACUAUUAUGACGCUUCUUUCUAUACAAAUCCUCUUAUUCACUGUUCUCUGUAUACUUACUACCAAAUCUGAAGAUCAUCACACUUUCUCAAGUUUAACUCUGGUCAGAGGAAGAAAAUCUAGAGAUGAUUCAAUAUACGACUCAAUUAACAAAUUUAAUUAUUCCGCCAAUAUACUCAAGACUAAAGAUAAACCAUUGUCAGUUUCCGAAACACUUGAGACUUCUGUGAGGAUUGCACCCUCCGGUUCUAUAACAAAUAGUGAGAACAAACCCUUUGCGUAUAUGCAAUUAUGGAAAGGAACUUACCCGGAUAUGUUAUACAAAAGAGCCCGUUCUGGUUUCGUGGGUAUGAGAGGCAAAAAGGAUAGCGGAUUUGUCGAAUUUGGAAAGAAACAGUCUUCAGAAUUUUUUGGAAUGAGAGGUAAAAAGUAUCCAUAUGAAUUUAGAGGAAAAUUUGUAGGAGUUCGAGGGAAGAAAAUAUCUCAUGAAUUACCAGAUAAAGUAAACGUUGACUUGAACUCUUGGAGAAAAGAAUUACAAUCUAAUCAACUGAUGUUAGUCUUAACCGAACAAAAUGAACCUGGAGGGGUAUAAAUACAGCAAGGUAAG